AUGAAACCUGCCCUUGAGCCAGACCUAGAGACCCACCUCUUACGAGCUGCCCUUCACUAUGUCUUCAUCCUGGGCACGGAGAAGGACACCACCCACCUCCAGGCUUGGCACAAAGUCAUGCCAGAGCUCCUGGAUGCCAUGCUGGGGAACCUGCUGGCAGAGUCCCCAGACACAGACAGGCUCCACCACAGCUUGGAGGCGGCCCCUCCCAGUGUCAGCACAAGCCCACAGGGUGCAGAGCCAAGGGCAGAGAGAACAGAAACUCACCCAGCUGUGAUGGCCUCCGCAGCUAUAGCAGGGGAAAUACAAGAUGACGCCAUUUGCUCCAUCUGCCUGGAGUAUCUGACAGAGCCGGUGACUAUAGUGUGUGGGCACAACUUCUGCCGAGCCUGCAUCACCCCGUACUGUGAGGAAAAGGGAACAGGGACACCCCUGACCUGUCCCCAGUGCAGAGCCCAGUUCCAGAAAGGGGAGUUCAAAGCCAAUACCAAGCUGAACAACAUCGUACAAAAGCUCAAACAAUUGGGGUUAAAAUCAGGAAAAGGGCAAAAGGAGGAUCUGUGUGAGAGACACGAGGAACGUCUCAAACUCUUCUGUGAGGACGAUGGAGAAACUAUUUGCUGGGUGUGUGAGAAAUCCCUGGACCACAAGUCUCACACUGUGGUUCCCGCUGAGGAGGCUGCCCAGGAGUACAAGGUGAAACUCCAGGGAGCCCUGGGCCCUCUGAAGAAGGAGCUGGAAGAGGCCCUGGCUCUGACGUCUAAAGAGGAGGAGAAAACCACCGAGUGGCAGAGGAAAGUGAAGAAUAAGAGAGAGAUGAUUGCAGGUGAAUUUAACAGACUGCACAUGCUGCUGAGAGAGGAGAAGCAGCUGCUUCUGCAGAGACUGGAGGAGGAGGAGAGGGAGACUCUGCAGAGACUAAGGGAAAAUGUCACCAAACUCUCCCGGCAAAGCUCCUCUCUGCAGCAGCUGAUCGCAGAGAUAGAGGAGAAGUGUCAGCAACCAGUUGUCGAGCUGCUAAAGGUGAGAUGGCAUCAAAAUUCUCCCCCCAUCCAGAAUUAUAACUCAGAUCCCUGGGUCUGGAUCCCAACAAUGAGA